CUCUCUCUCCCUCGGUCAGCCCUCCCCUCUCGUUGACAUCAGGUGCCGUGCCCCGAACGGGAAGUCCCGUUCCGCUCCGCGGCGCAGCGCUGCUUGCUGAGAGGGCCCUCCGGUCAGUGUCCGAACCGCUGUCCUUCCGCAGGAUAUUACAGAGCCAUAAAGAAAACUGCUGGAGGAAAUUGCGGCUGGAGCUAAAGGGACAGUCCGCUCAACGACCUUCGUUAGGACUGAGUGUGUCCAGACCGCAGGCUGUAAAACAUGGGGAAAGGUUGCAUUAAAGCCACCAAAUAUUUCCUUUUCCUCUUCAACCUCCUCUUCUUUAUUCUGGGUGCAGUGAUCCUGGGCUUUGGGUUGUGGAUCCUCCUCGACAACACCAGCUUCAUCGCUGUCCUGCAGUCGUCGUUGUCGGCACUGAGGGUCGGAUCCUACAUCCUCCUGGGAGUCGGCUCAGUCACCAUGCUGAUGGGCUUCCUCGGAUGCCUGGGAGCAGUCAACGAGGUCAAGUGCCUCCUGGGGCUGUAUUUCACGUGCUUGCUGCUGAUCCUGAUCGCCCAGGUCACAGCCGGAGUCCUGAUCUACCUCCAGAGAGACGCGCUCAAGGCAGAAAUCGCCGAUGUUAUUCAUCGGAUGAUUGUGAACUACAACCCACAGGACAUCCAGGAUAGAAGCUUUGGGGCCACCUGGGAUUACAUCCAGAGGGAGCUCCAGUGCUGUGGCUGGAUGGGGCACUCCAAUUGGACGGAGAACCUGGUGAUAAAGAACAGCUCGAUGUUGCUUUACCCCUGCUCCUGUCAUCAGAAGGCGAACGACACCAUACCUGAGAUGGGUUUCUGCGAGGGAGUGGAUCCCUACGAGAAGGGAUGUGUCUUAAGCGUGCAGGAGUGGCUCUACAGCAACAUCGGCCUCAUCUUCGGUGUGUGCGUUGGAGUGGCAGUGAUCGAGCUGCUGGGAAUGGUCCUGUCGAUGUGCCUGUGUAAGAAUGUGGAACAAGAGGACUAUAGCAAAGUCCCUAGGUACUGAGGAUAAUCUGCAGUGCAGCUGUGGGUCACCUGAAGUGUGGACAAUGAAUCAGUGAUUAACCAAUACACACAGGAAUCGAUUGUUCAAUCUUUGUAUUUGCUUCACUGCUUGUUAACUUUACCUUAUAUACUUCAGCACUUUAGUACUAUUAUUAAAACUGUUGAUCAGUAUCUAUUUUGUAAAGAUGACAUUUUCUACUUAGAGAACUUCUAGCAUGAUAUCUCUGUAAGGGGGGAACUGCUAUAAAAAUUCAAGUAUGCAUGUGAUCAUUAUACCAAGUCUCUAUAUUAAAUAUUGGGGCUAGAACGUGCCUUGAGAGAGCUUUGCUUUGUGUGGCAUUGAAGCUCUCACUCUUCCCUGCAGCCUGUAAGAGGUUCGGCAAAUCAGUCUUCCGUAAAUCUUCAAUAUUUUCUACCAGUAUUUUUAAUGCAUCUUGAAUCAUUUUUCUAAAGCUUGUACACAAAGCGCCAGAGUUUUCGCUGGCCGCCGUCCAGCCUCAAUAAAUACUUUUGAGAAAAUGAGUCU